GAGACGUAUUCAAGCUCCUCCUUGGUCCUUCUCUUCUUUUGUCCCUUCUUUGGCACCGCACAAGCACCGCCGCGCUGCAGAUAUUCCUUCUAGAGAAGAACAUGGUAGCACUGCCUUUAUGACGCAUACCCUUCGGUCUGGACGAGAAGAUCGUGGCAAGUAUGUCUUCUCGUUCUGGUUCUUCAUAUAUACGAGCUACGGAGGGGAGUUGGCUGACAGGAUGGAAAGACUUGCCCAUCACCUUGGGGCACGAUGAAAGAUGAGCUGCGAAGCGAUGCAGAUGGGCCCGCCCGACAAUUUUCCCAUUCGCGUGACCACAAUGGCGACCAGACCGGUGUCUCUCCUUGCGUCAUCCCCGCCCUCUCCUCCUCUUCCUGCUUCAUCUUCUCGUAUGAGUCGUCAGCCAGCGAGCGGAGGGGCUGCAAGAGCAGAAACAUCAAAAUCAAGGGAGGACGUACACGCGACGGGCGCAAGUAGCUCGACGCAGGUUUUAGAAGACGACAUGCCCCCUUCGAGCCGCAACAGACACGGCGAGCUUUCUGGUAAAGCUCGUCCCAGAAUCAGGAUCACAUCGCCGCUCUUUUGCUACCGCCUUGGCUCGUUGUACUACCCACGCCCACCAAAGCGAGCGGCGCAAGAAAUCAGAGCCAAGAGAGUUGUCCUGGUCCACACAAAUGUCUCAAAGCUCGCUCGCAGAUGGGUCGCACCUUUUGUUGUCAAUCUUUAGGUAAAGUCCUGUUCUGACUACGCAGAAAAGAAGAAAAUGCUGUAUCAUACGAGACUAUCUCUCACCAGCGCAAUCUUAGAGUAAAGCGAAGUUUUUCUCGAAUUU